CUGCCGAGAGGACAGGAGUGGGACAUUUCGGUAUCACAAAGGAAGAUUUGGAUUACUUUCUAUCUCGCUUGCUAACUUACGUGUUAAGAACAGAACAACCUGUUGUGUGAAUGCCAUCAACCUGCUACUGAAUAACUUGAAAUGACUGCUACUCUGCCUCAGGCAUGUCCGAAAUUAGUCUUGAGGCUGAGUCUGGGGUAGUCUCAGACGGGGCCUUGCGAAUGGAUUCAAAGAACGAAGCUCAGAACACUGAGGAUUCCCAAAGUGAGGGAGAGGAGGACUCUAACAGAUAUCCUGGUGCUGAACAUGCAACAGUUUACAAAGAACAUCCUGACCCAGUUUCUCAUUCAGUCAAAGACAAUGUGCAAGGUGACAAAGAUGACACAGGAAAGAGGAUCGAGGCACACGAUGAUGAUGAUGAUGAUGAUGAUGUUGAGGAGGAUGACGACAGUGACGGUGGUGGUGGUGGUGCUCAGAUAAGCAGUGAGAUUCCAGACAGCAUGGAAACUCCAGAUCACGGGACUGCUGCUCCGCCCUCUGCCGUCAGCUUUGGCUCUUUCAGCGCUGGUGCAGAAACAGAAAAUGACCAAACUGAGACAGCAGACCAGAGUACACCAAAGGAACAUUUUCAAGAUUCUCCCUCUUGCACAAAGGAAAGCACCAUGACAGAGGAGGCCCUUAGAAGUCCUGCAGCUGAGAUCUCCGUCACCAGCAAUGGAGGCCUGGACGACGGCCACGAAGAUGUGUUCACAAGGGACUCCUCCCGAGGCCCCCCCGGAGCCCUGAGCGUCUCAGAGGCACACGUCAGCAACAGCAGCUUCGCCUCAGCAGAAGGCAUCAUUGAAUCAGGACCAUACAGAGGGUCAGCGAGCCAGCCCACGUCUCCUGUGGCAUCUGUGGCUCCCAGCUCGGCCGUGGCUAGCCGCCUGGCACGCUCUGCCAGCGAUAGUCAGGCUGAGACAGGCACUAUGAGAGGGCCCUCCCAGAGCGGAGCUGUGGUUCUGGCAGACGACCUGAAGAACCCGGCCAUGGAGAAGCUGGACCUAGUGAGGAAGUGGAGCGUCAACACCUACAAAUGCACCAGACAGAUCCUGUCAGAGAAGCUGGGCCGCGGCUCUCGGACCGUGGACUUGGAGCUGGAGGCCCAGAUCGAGGUGCUGAGAGACAACAAGAGGAAGUACGAGAACGUGGUGAAGCUGGCCCAGACUCUGGCCAAUCAGCUGUCCCAGAUGAUGCAGACACAGAGGCAGCUGGGAGACGCCUUCGCCGACCUCAGCCUCAAGUCGCCUGAACUCCACGAGGAGUUUGGCUACAACGCUGAUACCCAAAAGCUCUUGUCCAAAAAUGGAGAAACCCUUUUAGGAGCCAUCACCUUCUUCAUCAGCAGUGUCAACACCCUGGUGGACAAAACAAUUGAGGACACCAUCAUCAACAUCAAACAGUAUGAAACAGCCAGGGUUGAGUAUGAUGCGUACCGUACGGACCUGGAGGAGCUGAACCUGGGCCCCCGUGAUGCCACCACCCUGCCCAAGAUAGAGCAGUCCCAGCUGCAGUUCCAGAUCCAUCGUGACAAGUAUGAGAAGAUGCGCAAUGAUGUGUCCGUCAAGCUUAAGUUCCUGGAGGAAAAUAAGGUGAAGGUUUUGCACAACCAGCUAACCCUCUUCCACAAUGCCAUAGCAGCAUACUAUGCAGGGAACCAGCAGCAGCUGGAACAGACGCUCAAGCAGUUCCAUAUCAAAUUGAAAAUGCCCGGUGGAGACACUCCAUCUUGGCUGGAGCAGCACUAAACACCCUCAACCUCUCUUUAAAAACCUCUCUCGGGUUCAAUUGAGAGUUUUGGCGGCAAGGGAAGAUUCCAGAAUUCCAGAGAAGCAAUUCAAAAGCUUCUCUCCAAGCUUAAUAUUAUUCCUAUUUUUCUUUCAGAAUUGUGUACCUCUUAGGCAAAGCAAAAAAACAAAGAAAUCAAACUAAGAAAGAAAAAAAUAAAGAGGUUAUAUAUAAAUAUCACUCAAAGUAAAAAAAUCUAAGUGAUGCUCCUAUUUUCUUCUAUUGAUGGGAUUCUUUGACAUACUGUGUAGUGAAGUUAGUCAUCUCUUUUCUUCAUCUUUUUUACUUGAACUGCGGCAGAACUUUCGAAAAUCAUGGGGAAAGCACUUUUGUAAGUUCUGACGAUCAAGUUAGAAGCAGUUGAAGACUAAAUAUGUUAGGAAUGUGUAAGGCCUAUUUUACUCCAGCAUAUGAAUGAUGGAUAUCAGCCUAGCAGAAGAGGUGGUGCUACAUUAGUGCUUCAGUAGGACAGUACUUCUAACAUUUUGACAUCUCCACUUUCGGAGAAAGGGGUUUGUAAAAAUGUAUAAAUAUCUGGUCACCCAUAUGUGAGUGGUCCUUGGGGAAGUAAUCAUUAGGAUUAAAUGAUGCACCACAACCAUGAUAUGACAUAGGUUUUAACAAAUGUAUGACAGUAGGAAUGUGUUCAGGUUGUCAGGAAAUCACUGUAUAUACAGUGUGAGCUAAACCUGUGCACCUGUCUUUCAUUCGUUCAUUUUCCCAAGUCAGUCCCAGGAUUGUCAUUCAAUUUGUAGAACCUAAUGAUGUCCAGCUUUAAGAAAUACUUUCUCAUUCACCCUCUGUCUGUAGGAUUAAAAUCAUGAAAUUGCUUGAAUUUUACAUUUGAGUAAUUCCAGAUAAGUUAAAGGUCCAGCCUUACCUUUGCUACUUGACGUGCCUUGUAUCUGUCUGUUUACCUGCCCUGUUGUUUGAUGUUGCACUCCAGUACUAUCACAUUGCACAUAUGCCUCAAUGAAGAAACAUUUAAUAAGUAAUUAAAAAAAUACCAACACUCAGCCAGUUUCAGUCCCAAACUGGUCAGAUGUGGAUAAUGGACCAAUCAAAUACAUGCACACGAACGGAACACGUUUCCUCGUGGGAUCGUUAGCAACAUGCCAGCGUUGGACAGCAAUCACACAGACACUAAUGACAUUCAGACUUUUUGAAAUGUUACUGUAUGUAUCUUUCUGCUUUUUAGGAUAUUAUACCACACAUUUAUGUAUUUUUGCAAAUAAAGACAACACAUUUUAAGAAAUGAAUGAUAUGUAAACCAAAACGGAAUGAAACUGUUUGUACAUAGGAAAGACCAGCAUUAUCUGUCUGAGCUGCUAACCUCAUUUAUUUGGGUUGAAUCAUUUUUGAGAGGACUGGUAUUUUAAACCAACUUUGACUUUCCUUUGACUUUGUUGCUUUGUCUUUCCUUCGUAUAGCGAGUGUGUGUGCGUGUAAAUUGUACAACAAUCUGGUGUUCACAAACUUUCUGAUGUAAACAUAGAUGAACAUAUAUAUUUGUAAUUUCCUCUUUACCUGGGAUAAAAAAGUGUAUUGAUGCUGCCGCAGGGCACUCUCUUUCUGAAGACUUGUGGAGUUCUAUCUUGUAAAAAUGACAUGAUUAUUAACAAAUGUUCCAAAACUGGUUUCUGAAUGUUGUGUAACAUCUUUUGGGAAAAAUUAAAUAAAAAUGUACCUUCAGAAAAGAAGGAUUCAA